GGAACGCGGCUAUCGACGCUGCACCCUCUCACCCUCUCGUCCACGCAUACACACCACACUCGCCAACUGUUAUUAUUUACUUCUCGUUUCUCUUAUACACGGACUUUGCAAUUGAAAAGAAGAAGAUGUCUGAUGCAACGCCUGACACGCCGCCGAAGGUGUUCUUCAUCCUCGGCGGACCGGGCUCUGGCAAGGGCACCAACUGCGCCCGGCUCGUGGAGGACUUCGGCUACACGCACUUCAGCACCGGCGAUCUCCUGCGUGAAGCCGCGCGCAGCGGCACGAGCGAUGUGGCGAAGAAGAUAGCCGAACACAUCCGCGCCGGCCGAAUCGUGCCGAGCGAGAUUACAGUGGAGCUGCUCCGCCAGGCCAUCGCCGACCAUCCGAACCCGAUCGGCUACGUCAUCGACGGCUUCCCGCGCAAGGCCGAUCAGGCCCGCAUGUUCGAAGAGGGCAUCGCCAAGGCGAAGGGGAUUCUCUACUACGACUGCAGCGAGCAGACGAUGGAGGACCGCCUGCUUACACGUGGCGCAGACAGCAGCGGGGCGGAGAAGCGGGACGACGACGUGGCCGAGACAAUUCGCACGCGUUUCCGCGUGAAUGUGCAGGAGUGCAUGCCGGUGGUGGAGUCGUACAAGCAAAGCGGCCGGUGCCACGUGGUGGACGCCAACCGCGACCGCGACGCCGUCUACGCGGAGACGAAGCACUUGUUUGAGCAGAUGGGCGAGAAGCCGCUCAAGCCUUAAGCCUCGUAUAUAUACACCUUCUUUUGCUGGGCGGCACCCGCCGCUUUUUUUGGGGUUUUCACCUCUCAUCAGCGGAGCAUUGUAUUGGUUUUCUAUCUGGUUGUUUUGUUUGGUUCAUUGGCGGACAGCGCAGAGGUGUGCACUUCCGGGUGCCUGCCCUUCUCUCGGCGUGAACCGAUUCCAAGCGAUUCAGUUGAAGAAGGAGAACGCGACCAUGAAGCCUUAAGAGGGGCUCCUUUUCUUUCUGAUUUUCGUUGUUGUUAUUCACGUGACGCGAUGCGCAGGAAAU